UGCUGGUGUUGCUGAGUGUCAUGUGGAGGAAUGAAGCUCUGAGAACACUGGAAACACUGAGAACACUGGGAGAGGAGCUGGGAAAUGAGACAUGGCCUCUGGGCUGAAGUUCGGGAGGUUUGUGGGAGGUUUUGUGUGCGGGGUCGGUGUGAGCACUGGAGCCUGUAUCACUGCACUCAGACUCUACCUGACUAAACAACAACUACAGCACGAGGAGACGCAGACAGAGAGUGCAGUACAGAGCCUUAUAAAGCUUUAUGGACUUCCUCUGACUGGAGCCGAGACCAGAAGCUACAGCAACCAUAUCCUGUCGUAUGAUCAGAGCCGGAGGAUUCCUAGAUGGGUGGCAGAGCAUCUGUCUAACAACAAACUAGUUGGAGGGGCAGACCGAAAGCACUGCAAGUUCAAACCAGACCCCAAUAUUCCACAGUGCUUCACUGCACACAACGAAGAUUACCUUGGCAGUGGCUGGUCUCGGGGACACAUGGCACCAGCUGGGGACAAUAAAUUUUCUGAGCAAUCAAUGGAAGAAAGUUUCUAUCUGUCAAAUAUCGUCCCACAGAAUUAUGAAAACAAUGCUGGAUUCUGGAACAGAUUGGAGAUGUACUGCAGAGAGCUUACGGAGCGGUUCAGUGAUGUGUGGGUGAUCUCAGGACCACUUACUCUGCCACGUGUAGGUGAAGAUGGAAAGAAAGCAGUCUCAUAUCAGCUGAUCGGGAAAGACGACGUCGCAGUUCCUACUCAUCUCUACAAAGUCGUUCUUGUACGGAAAGAUAUGUCGGCUGAGCCUCUGGCUAUGGCAGCUUUUGUGGUUCCUAAUGCCCCUAUUGGAUUUGAUCACCAGCUGAAGGAGUACCAGGUGAGCCUGUCUGAACUGGAGAGAAUGUCAGGCCUGACCUUCUUCCCCAAACUUGAUCAAACUCACCCCCUGAAGAACCUGUGCUCUGUGGACUCCUGCGAGCUCAUGGACUUUGAGCGUUUCACACUGUACAUCACUGGUCGUAAAGUAAAGAGUGCCAAAACCCUGACGAAGCUGGAGAAGAUCAUGGCGGAGCUGAAAGAAGCCGAAAUCACACCUGAUGAUUACUUAGUUAAGCUGUAUCUGGAGAAGAAACAGGAACUGUUGCAGAAGCAUCGGCCAGAGAGCAAGUCGGGGUAACUGAAAGCUUGAACAGCUGUCUGUCUGUUUUGCAAUCUUAAGCCAAGGUCAAGUGUUAUUUUUAUGAGGUUUUCUUUGUCCUAUUUUUAAAAUUAUGGCUGAUUCUAAGUCACUUUAACUAGUGUUUCCUCACAGGACAAAAUUAAAAAUGCAACUUGAAUGCUGCUCCUAAAUAGGAUAUGCUUAUUUGUUUUAUAAGGUUAUAAAUGUUUUUGAAAAUCAUGUCUGCUUUAGUUUUUACUGUCUUUUGACUGUAUCUGUGACUUUUAUAACGUAGUAUGCUGGUUAGUUAAGAGAUCAGCGACUGUAUUGAAAUGGUCAUCAGAGACAUUUGAUACAUACACAGUGUUUUGCUUUAUAGGUAAGAGUUGGGUAAGAUGGACUAAUUAGAUAGAUUAAAAAGUAGAAAAUAAUUUAAAACAAGAAGCAGAGUAAAUGUUUACAAAUCAAUUAUAAAUGUUUUAGGGGUUUUAGCUUAAAUGUUUUUUUUUUUUAAUUAGUUAGGUCCUCGAGUUUCUGAUUGUAGAACCACAGAAAGUUUUAGUUUAACUUUGCAGGUCACGAGGUAAAAUGAGCUGCAUUUUGUAAAGUACAUUACUGUAGUAUCUUUUACUGUGAUGGUGAUGGAGUUAUAAUACAAUAGAUAAACUGUCACAAAGUCAUUUAAUACCAAUUGAUAUUGCUGACUUGGCCUAAUGGCAUUCUACAAGAAUUCUUACCAAGGUAAAAAUUGUUUGUGUAAGACCAGACAACAUUUUUUUUCUGUCAAGGCCUCCAACAAGGGGAAAACAGUCCCUUUUUAGGUUUUAAAUAUAUGUAUUUUUUUACUCUGCUAGAAAUCUGCAGAUAAUUAGUAAUAAUUGCAGACUUGAGUAAAAGCACAAGUGCUCUAUUGAGCAGAUAUUGCAGUGUUUUUCAAGUACUUAAGUAUUCAACAUUGUUAGUGCAUUAUUUGGAAGUAUUGCAAGUAGUUUAUUGUAAAAUGUACUACUCAUGUACUACUUUAACCUUAAAAAUAACAGUGUUUACCAGUACACCAGAUUUCAGUAUCGAUAUUAAAAAAGGGAUCUCACCCUGGUGUGAACUUA